CCGGGCUGAGAAGGCGACUGUUCCGCAUGUGGCUGGAGGCUGGGCAGAUAGGGAAGACAUUUGGGGGUCAGGGAGCGUGCCUUGGCCAGGCCGGGAGCUGGAGGCUGGCACCCAGUGAGGGAGGCUGGACCAGUGUCACUGGGGCACAGACUGGCUCCCCCGGCCCCAGCUUGCGAGGGGAGCCCAAUCUGGGAUUCUCAGAUUUGGCUCAUCUUCUUCUAUCACGUCCUGCUUCCCGUUGAAGCCACAGGAACAAGUGACCUUCGUGAGAGGGAGGUUAGGAACGCGAUAUUGGUGGAGGACCUGGCGACGGUCCCAGACAGCGGUUAGAAUUGGACAGUGGAGGAGAGGGCGGCUGGGCGACGGGAACGCAGACUCCUGGGAAGGUGUGGAGGGGGAAGAGAAGCCCAUGAGAGUGAAUGGCUCGUUUCCCCUGAGCAUCCUAGAGCAGCAGGAACGGCAGGCCGUGGCCUUGGCAGCUGCUGGAAGCUGAAAGUGGAAGCACCCCGUUCUUCUGGAGCCCGAGGGAUGCCCUGGCUCAGCUCUGCCGUGGCACAGUGCCAGACACGUGUGCAUUACCGUAGAGCAGGUCAAUGGCCAGCAAGGAGGGGGGUCCGAGCCGGCGGCGGCGGCGGCGGCAGUGGUGGCAGCGGGAGACAAAUGGAAACCUCCACAGGGGACAGACUCCAUCAAGAUGGAGAACGGGCAGAGCACAGCCGCGAAGCUGGGACUGCCUCCUCUGACGCCUGAGCAGCAAGAGGCCCUCCAGAAGGCCAAGAAGUACGCCAUGGAGCAGAGCAUCAAGAGCGUGCUGGUGAAGCAGACCAUCGCGCACCAGCAGCAGCAGCUCACCAACCUGCAGAUGGCAGCAGUGACAAUGGGCUUUGGAGAUCCUCUCUCACCUUUGCAAUCGAUGGCAGCUCAGCGGCAGCGGGCACUGGCCAUCAUGUGCCGGGUCUACGUGGGUUCCAUCUACUAUGAGCUCGGGGAAGACACCAUCCGCCAGGCUUUUGCUCCCUUUGGACCCAUCAAGAGCAUUGACAUGUCCUGGGACUCCGUCACCAUGAAGCACAAGGGCUUUGCCUUUGUGGAGUACGAGGUCCCAGAAGCGGCACAGCUCGCCUUGGAGCAGAUGAACUCAGUGAUGUUAGGAGGCAGGAACAUCAAGGUAGGGAGACCUAGCAACAUAGGGCAGGCCCAGCCCAUCAUAGACCAGCUAGCUGAGGAGGCACGAGCCUUCAACCGCAUCUACGUGGCUUCUGUGCACCAGGACCUUUCAGACGACGACAUCAAGAGCGUAUUUGAGGCCUUUGGCAAAAUCAAAUCCUGCACGCUCGCCCGGGACCCUACAACUGGCAAGCACAAGGGUUAUGGUUUCAUUGAGUAUGAAAAGGCCCAGUCGUCCCAGGAUGCCGUGUCUUCCAUGAACCUUUUUGAUCUGGGUGGCCAGUACUUGCGGGUGGGCAAGGCUGUCACACCCCCCAUGCCCCUGCUUACACCUGCCACACCUGGAGGCCUCCCGCCUGCUGCUGCUGUGGCCGCGGCUGCAGCCACAGCCAAGAUCACAGCUCAGGAAGCAGUGGCUGGUGCAGCGGUGCUGGGUACCCUGGCCACACCUGGAUUGGUGUCCCCUGCACUGACUCUGGCCCAGCCUCUGGGGGCUUUACCCCAGGCUGUCAUGGCUGCCCAGGCCCCAGGAGUCAUCACAGGUGUGACCCCAGCCCGGCCUCCCAUUCCGGUCACCAUCCCUUCUGUGGGAGUGGUAAACCCCAUCCUGGCCAGCCCCCCAACACUGGGCCUCCUGGAGCCCAAGAAGGAGAAGGAAGAAGAGGAGCUAUUUCCCGAGUCCGAGCGGCCCGAGAUGCUGAGCGAGCAGGAGCACAUGAGCAUCUCCGGCAGCAGCGCCCGCCACAUGGUGAUGCAGAAGCUGCUCCGCAAGCAGGAGUCCACAGUGAUGGUUCUGCGCAACAUGGUGGACCCCAAGGACAUCGACGACGACCUGGAGGGGGAGGUGACCGAGGAGUGUGGCAAGUUUGGUGCUGUCAACCGCGUCAUCAUCUACCAGGAGAAGCAGGGAGAGGAGGAGGAUGCGGAGAUCAUUGUCAAGAUUUUUGUGGAGUUCUCCAUAGCCUCCGAGACUCACAAGGCCAUCCAGGCCCUCAACGGGCGCUGGUUUGCUGGCCGCAAGGUGGUGGCUGAAGUAUAUGACCAGGAGCGUUUUGAUAACAGUGACCUUUCUGCGUGA